AUGUUUACGAUUGCUCAGCAUGUUUUCCAACUCCUCUUUACCAAACUCCGGUCCCGGGUAACUGGCGUCUGGUCAUUCAUCACGCGCCUGCUCCAUGGUGACGCGCCCGCCGCGCACGUCAACAAGCAAGACUCGGACUCGCCCAAGACCCAAUCGUCCUCUGCCGAGGUUCAAGACUCUCCACAAGCUACGCCUUCUCCCAAAUACCCGCAAGUGAUUCAAUAUGUCCAUAUCCCCGGUGAAUGGCAACGGAAACUUUACCCACACUGGCCGGAGUCGGCCUUUAAAGUCCCAGAUCCCGUUCCCGAGGGACCCAUAUACUACAUCACAAAGGGAGAUUUCGUUCGUCGCGGCGCAACAGCGCUGGUAGAGCGACUACCUACUGGUCACAUCUCUAAAACCCCAAUGCCGAACCCGUACAACCCCUACGAAGAACAGAGAGAUCGCCAGAGCAUGCAACACGAAUAUGACGUCUAUUGCUUCAUUGGUCCAAGUCCGUUCAUCCCUACAGUAAUUAACUGGGAUAGCGAGUCCAAGGUGUUGGUUCUUGAGGAUUACGCCAACGGAGACCUAGAGACCUACCUUCGGAACCAUGGCGAUACCGAUGCCGACACCCGUCGAAAAUGGGCUUUGCAGGCGGCUCAAGCGCUGGAGAGUCUCCAUAAUGUCGGAGUAAUUCAUCAGGAUAUCACGCCUCGAAAUUUUCUCUUGGACAAGAACUUGGACCUUGGAAUCUGCGACUUCGCCGGGAGCUCGUUUCCAGGGCAUACUGCCUCGACUGGUGCCCCAGGACCGAGGUAUCAAUCGUGGGCAUGGGGCCGAGGGUAUAUCCCUAGUCAAGCAGACGAUGUCUUCAGCCUUGGUUCCUUGUUGUAUUUUAUCAUGGGUGGCGAGGAGCCCUAUAGCGAACUUGAUGAGGAAGAGGUGGAGCUUUGUUUCGAGAACUUGGACUUUCCAGCGUCUGAUCACCUGGGCUGUGGGACUGUCAUUCAAAUUGCUGGGAUGGACGAUUCACUACUGCAGAAAAAGUUGUUCAAGGUUUAG